GUGUCGAGUCUGUCUCAAGCCGAGAGACGUGCCUGCAGUCACAGGGUUUAUUUAACACGUAGUCAAAACCCUCCCAGCUCACACAUUCAGCCGGGCGUGGAGCUUCCCUAGACGGCUACUACCGAGUCCGGACCUCAGUGACAACACUGCGCAGUGCCCGACUCCAGCUCACAGCGGGAACACACACACACACUGGAUAACUGGACACUUUUUUCUUUAUUUAUUUGUAUGAUUUUUCUCAUUUUGUUUUCUCGUUUUGAACAGCGACUGCAGAUAUACAUUUGGGACAUUUUAAAGCUUUUUGAAGUUAUUUCUUCGGGUUUCACAGUUAAGUAAUAUGGAGAGAAUUACCAGCGCACAACCACCUCCCUGUGUGCCAAGACACCCACCGCUGGAUAUAGCUGACAUGCAAGGAAUCGAUUUUCCCAUGUAUAAUGUGUACAAACCCAGGAGGGGCAUGAAGCGUGUGGAUGAGAGCAAGGAGACAUACAAGUUGCCACACCGACUGAUCGAAAAGAAAAGACGUGACAGAAUCAACGAAUGCAUUGCCCAGCUGAAGGAUUUGUUGCCAGAACAUCUUAAGCUUACAACGCUGGGUCAUUUGGAGAAAGCCGUGGUGCUGGAACUCACUCUCAAGCAUGUGAAAGCCCUGAGUGGUGUCCUGGAGCAGCAACAGCAGAAAAUUAUCGCGCUACAGAACGACCUGCAAAUAUGUGAUCAUGGAGGUGACAGUGCAGAGAGCAGUGAGGAGAUGUUCCGCUCCGGCUUUCACUUGUGUGCAAAAGAGGUCCUCCACUAUCUGGCCAGCCAAGAAAGCAGCACUGACUUGACUCCAUCCCAUGUCAUCAGCCACAUCCAAAAGGUAGCAGCUGAAGUCCUGCAUCAUCAAAGCAGCCGACACCCAGACGAGUCCAUCCCUCAAUCUUCGGAGAAACUGAAGAAACCCGCUGGAGAGCCUCAAAGGGCGCAUGAGGGAUCAGCUAAGAACUGUGUUCCUGUCAUUCAAAGGACUAACCCGCAUGCAACGGGGGAGCAGAGCGGCAGCGACACAGACACUGACAGCGGCUAUGGUGGAGAACCUGACAAGCGUGACCCCAAAGCCCAGUGGUCAGAGAGCCAUGCAAAGGAGGGGGAGCACAAGUACGUCACGUCUGAGAGGACGCCCAGUGUCAUCAAGCAGGAGGAUGAUGAGCCUCGGGCCAAGAAAUCAAGGUCUGAAUCCUCAGAAGAUGACAUUCUCUCUGGUCACAUGGCAGGAGGCCCUGGCAGCUAUAUGAGUUUCUCCCCCAACCAGCCCCCGUUUUGUCUCCCCUUCUACCUCAUCCCCCCUGCAGCGGCAGCCUAUCUGCCCAUGCUGGAGAAAUGCUGGUACCCCGGGAACAUGCCGGUUAUGUACCCAGGCAUGAGCGGCUCUACAGAGACACUUCCCUCAUCUCUGGUGAUGUCCCCAAGGACAGGGUCUCCAGUAUCCUACCAGCACCGCAUGGACUCCCCUGCUCUUCACAAAGCUUUAAAGCAGGUCCCCUCAUUAAACUUGGAAUCUAAAGACUGAACAGAUGUGUUUCUGUUGGAAUCUUGGCCUCUGAAUGUUGAUGGGGUUGAAAAGAGGGUAAACAAAUGCACCGGUAUCCGUUCAAACCACUGCCGUUGUUUGGCCCAUCAGAACAUUGACCCCAACAAAGACCCCCAAUGGUCACUGUCGUCUAUCAUCAGCUCCUCACACACUGAAACAGGACUUUUAGGGGCAACCUGGAGUGCCCACCUGAAAGCUCAUAGAUCACCUGUUGCAUAGCUCUGAAACACUGUGAAGAUCAGUGUAGAGACGAUGAGUGCACAAGAGAUUGCGAGAGGUUUUUUUUUUAGUAAGGUUUAUCUACUCAGUGUUGAAUGUUGGAGGCAAACAUAGAAUGUAAGGCACAGAUAAGCCCACCCAAAAUGAUUUGGACCUACUUUUUGCACACACCACUCUGUAAUGAAUGUAAAGAUUGAACAAAAGUCCCUUGUAGAUGCUGCUUGAAUUAUUAUUACCUACUGUAGAUCUGUGAAUGGAGGAUCUACCUUUAGUGUUUGUGUUCCUGUAACUACAACAAACCAUUGAUUAGACUGGAAUGUUACCAAAAAAAGAAAAAUGUCACAAAAGACUUUGUUCCUUAGAUCCUUCAAUUAACUUGCAGCUAAAUGAACACAAUGUUCACCGUGUUCAAAGAAUUCAGGGUGUUGUCACUGUACAAGGUGUGUCACUCAUGUCAGUUUAAAAGUGAUGUGGCCAUACCUGCUUUUAUGAUUUCAUUUGUGACUCAUGACUAUAUUUGCAUCUAGAUGGAGUUCCUGUGAAGUGAUGUCUUGCAAUUAUUUUUGUUUAUACUACUCAUAUAUCUAUUUUUGAUACGUGACCCAUUGAGUGUACCUGCAUCACUACCAGAGGAAGGUUGAGGUAGUCAUUUGCUGUAUGCCUAGAGACCGUGUACAGUAUAUAGCAUUGUGCUCAACCAGAUUUGCAUCUUGCCCACAAAUUCCCAGUCAAGUUAAGGCCUGAUCUUAGCUCAUGCUGUUGCCUUUACUCAUAUAACGCAGACACAACGAUGGCAGGUGUUUAAAUGUAUUUUGCUUUAAAUUGUGUCCGUUGCAAAGAGCGCGAAUGUAAAGUUCAAACAAAAAUAAUAGUUUUGUAU